GCCCUGACGACCGACAAGCGUGCAUCGGGCGCCGGUCUCAGACAGUCAGACUCAGACAAUCGCUAGUCGCCAGGCAGUACCACAAUAUCGCGGUCGGCACUUCGGCAGUCCGCUAUUCGUUAGUGACAAGUGUAUUUUCAGCGACCGGUGGCACGCCAGUCGUGUUUGUGCCACCUUCUCGACAGUUAUAUCGAAUCGCCGGCUGGUGUAUUCCGUACAUACAACUCCUAGAACUCGUCCGUUGAAAAAAUGCCGAACAUAAUCAAUGAGGUGAAGUUAGACUUCAAAGAUGUGCUUCUCAGGCCGAAAAGGAGCACGCUGAAGACCCGGGCUCAAGUAGACUUGUUCGCCGGCAAUGUGGUUACUGGUGAAAUGGUUGAAGAAUUAAUCUUGUCUGGUGCUGAUAUUAUUAAAGUUGGUAUUGGCCCAGGAUCAGUAUGUACCACACGUAUUAAGACAGGUGUGGGUUAUCCUCAGUUAAGUACGGUUAUUGAAUGUGCUGAUGCUGCUCAUGGUCUAGAAGGGCAUAUUAUUUCUGAUGGUGGAUGUGUUUGUCCUGGAGAUGUUGCUAAGGCAUUUGGUGCUGGAGCUGAUUUUGUUAUGCUUGGUGGAAUGCUAGCUGGACAUGAUCAAAAUGGAGGCGAAUUAACCAUUAAACCAAAUGGCACUAAGUGUAAAUUAUUUUAUGGUAUGAGUUCGCUAACAGCUAUGAAAAAACAUGCUGGUGGUAAGGCAGAGUACAGAGCUGCUGAAGGAAAAGCUGUUGAAGUGCCAUACAGAGGUGAUGUAAAUGAUACUAUUCUUGAUAUACUCGGUGGACUUCGUUCAGCGUGUACCUAUACAGGAGCACAUACAUUAAAAGAGUUGCCUAAACGUGCCACAUUUAUUCGAUGCACUCAACAAGUGAACUCUGUGUACUCCAACAUAACUACUCGAGAAUAAGUAACAAUACUGUCCAAUACUCUUGUAUAAUGUAUAUUCUAUUAUAUGGUSCAUAUACCUUUUAACAAAAAGGUUACCUGAUACGGGUAUAAAUUAUUAAUACCUGAUAAUAUCCAAUUAUUGGUUCUAUAGCAUGAUUUAUUCCAAUUUCACAUUUUGCAUUACCUAAGCGCCUAUAGA